AUAGAUAAAAUAUAUAAACAAAACAUGUCAACACGGGAGAAAGUGAUCAUAGCAGCUUGGAAAAAAUAGUUUAAACCUUAAUAAAAACAAAUAGGGUAUUUCCAUACGCCGUAAAUAUGUUGUUGAUUUGUGUAUAAACAGCUGGCAGCAAGUGGACGGACGGACGGACGGAUUGGAUGAACAAAAAUGAAAACGUAAAAACCAUUUAUUUGAUUGGUGAAACGGAAGAGUACAACGACAACCACAACAAGUCACAGUCAGAGCCACCUACGCAGAUAACAGACAGUGGGGUCGGCAGGCACAAGCGGGACGCGGGAAAUUGCACAAACUACAAACAUAUGGAUGGAUCCAUAAACUCUCCAGAUAGCGCAGCGACGAAGACGUAAUCCAGCAAAACACACAAAACCCACCGAUAAUGGUGGCCGCAAAGUACGAACGCCUCAAUUCCCAGAGUGGAGGGGGUGGCGGCGGUUGCUCUGGCGGUGUUGGCAGCAGCAGCGGAGCCGAUGACGAUGACUGCGAGGAAAUCGAACUGGGCAAGAAGACAACGUCUACGACGACGGCGACAACUACGACGCUGCAGAAUGGCAAAGAUAGACGACUGGCGAGCAACUUCAAAUACGUGAACAGCAGCAGUAGCAUAGGUAGCGGCAUUGGAGCAGGCGGCAGUGACGUUGCAGCCACGUCGGCACAGGAGAAGAUCAUGGCGCGUCAGUCAGAUGCGCGCAUCAAGCAGAUGGCCAUUGGCACACUGGUCAUUAUUAUGGCCUAUCUGGCGCUCUCCAUUAUGCUGACCUUCUACCAAACGGACAUCAAUCGCGAGAUGCCCUUCCCCCUCACCAUUGUCACGUAUCACCUCAUACUGAAAUUCAUUCUGGCCGCCCUCGUGCGCAAGAUCUACAAGCUGCGCGUGGGCCGAUCGCGUGUGCAGCUGGACUGGCGUGUGGCACUGCGCAAAAUGGCACCCACUGGCGUGGCCAGUGCCAUUGACAUUGGCUUCUCCAAUUGGGGCCUGGCCCUGGUGCCCAUAUCGCUGUACACAAUGACCAAAUCAUCCACGAUAGUGUUUAUACUGCUGUUUGCCAUAGCUUUAGGAUUGGAAAAGAAGAGCUGGUCUCUGGUGUCUAUUGUGGGCCUCAUUGGCGCUGGCCUGGUGAUGUUUACCUACAAGUCAACGCAGUUCAAUGCCUUGGGCUUCUUUUUCAUUUUGUUCGCCUCGCUGAGCAGCGGCCUGCGCUGGAGUUUUGCACAGUUUAUAAUGCAAAAAUCAAAGCUGGGACUGCACAAUCCCAUUGACAUGAUUUACUACAUGCAGCCAUGGAUGAUUGCCUCCCUACUGCCGCUUGUUUGUGGCAUUGAAGGUGUCAAGCUGUACGCUGUGGCGGAGCAUCUGAAGGUGUACACGACGGAUGAAAUAACGUGGGCCAUUGCCAGAAUAACUUUCGGUGCACUGCUCGCGUUUCUUAUGGAGUUCACCGAGUUCUUGGUGCUGUGCAAAACCUCCAGUCUGACGCUUUCGAUAGCGGGCAUAUUCAAGGAUAUUUGCCAGCUAUUUCUGGCCGUCACGCUCAAGAAGGAUCAACUGAGUCCCAUCAAUUAUGUGGGUCUGGUUGUCUGCCUCGCGGGCAUUGCCUGCCAUCUGUGGCACAAAUACUCGACCAUGGCCGAAGCGGAGAAGCAGCACAAGGAACUGCAAUUGGACAACGACCAUGACGACCUCUCGGCGGAGUAUAAUUUCAAUGAUGGUGGAGCUGCUGGCAGUGGUGGUGCGGAUAAUUCCAUUGCUGGCAUUCAUGUGAGAUCUCACUCGACGUUGACGGUGCCAUUGCUGGAGCAAACCGACUCUGAGGAUGAGUCUGGCAAUGAUCUGAACAACAAACAGAACUCAUCCGAUGUCAUAUUCGAUGUGCUCAAGCGACGCGACAUGCAGCGAUGAGGCAGCAGCAGCAGCAGUAGCAGCAUCAGCCAUGCCCCUCCGCUGGUCCUGUAAAUGUUGUAAAUUUCAAAACGUUUCUUAUUGUUGGCUGGCAGAUAAGUGACAUAGUUAGUACCCU